AUGUCAUCAGAAUCAACUAUUGAUAUUCAGCAUGAUGCUUAUCAAGAAUUAUAUUCACAACAUCACACUAGUAGACGAGAACAUCAAGGAACACUAAUUGAAUCAUUACAACAUUUAAAUACUGAUGUACAACAUGCUUUAUCUAAAGAUAAACAUGAAUUUGAAAAUGCAAAAGAAACUUAUCAUCAACAAUAUAAUAUAUUAAAACGUACAUUUACUCAUGCAGCUUCAGAACAUGAAGCACAAUCUGUAUUACCUCUAAAACAAAUUUAUCAUCGACGAAAAGAUUUAGCUGAAAAAGUUCUUGAACUUCUCAAUGAAACAACACUUGAAGCAGCUCCUGUUGAAAUGCGUACAUAUUGGAAUGGAUCUAUUGCAGUUGUAUAUAAUCCAAUUACUGGUCGUGCUGAAUGGAAACAAUAUUGGCAUGGUGGAAUACAUGGUUUAUUCAAUCCUAUAACAGGUAUUAUUGAAUGGGAACAAGCAUUUCAUACGGGUGUCUAUGGAGUUUUUAAUCCUCAAUUAAAGACAAUUGAAUGGAAGAAAAAUUUUAAUGGUGGUAUACACGGAGUUUAUAAUCCAUGGACAGGUAUCGUCGAAUGGAAAUCAGAAUUUCAUGCUGGCGUUGGUGGUGUAUAUAAUCCUUUAACAAAACAAGUCGAAUGGAAAACAUGUUGGCAUGGUGGUGUUGUCGGAUAUUUUGAUUAUGAAACACAGAAUGUUAAAUGGACAGAAAAAUGGAGACAUGGUAUCGCUCUUAUUUCAUGGGAUACAGAUGCAAAUACUUAUUUGACAACUGCUAGUUGUGGUUGGUACGAUAAUGAUUGA